AUUUUUAUGACUUUAACCGUAUUAAAAUAUUGCAAUCUUAUAUAUGGGUAGCAAAUGUUAAUGCACUUUGUACUUGUGAUAUUGGGGCAAUCUGUGCAUUCGGGCGUAUUAUACCAACGUUUAAUCGUCGGAACUCCAAUAAAGGUGCAUUAGAGACCGGAUUUGUGCAAAAAAAAAACCUGUUUUCGGACUUUUCCAAAACAACGAACAAAGAACCUGACCACAAUGUCCUCAUCCGAUGGAAAACUACGUUACGACGGCCGUGUGGCGGUGGUGACUGGUGCCGGUGCCGGCUUGGGUCGGGAAUAUGCCCUCCUCUUCGCCGAACGUGGCGCCAAGGUGGUUGUAAACGAUUUGGGUGGCACCCAUUCCGGCGAGGGAGCCUCUCAGCGUGCCGCAGAUAUUGUGGUGGAAGAAAUCCGAAAGGCAGGUGGUGAGGCGGUGGCCGACUACAACUCUGUGAUCGAUGGAGCAAAGGUCAUCGAGACGGCAAUUAAUGCCUUCGGACGCGUAGACAUCCUGGUGAAUAAUGCCGGUAUAUUGCGUGAUCGGAGCCUGGUUAAGACCAGUGAACAGGAUUGGAAUCUAGUCAACGAUGUCCAUCUGAAGGGCAGCUUCAAGUGCACCCAAGCAGCAUUCUCGUACAUGAAGAAACAGAAUUAUGGUCGCAUCAUUAUGACUUCAUCCAAUUCGGGAAUCUAUGGCAAUUUUGGCCAGGCCAAUUACUCGGCUGCCAAAAUGGGUUUAGUCGGACUGGCCAACACUGUAGCCAUCGAGGGAGCCCGCAACAACAUCCUGUGCAACGUUAUCGUUCCCACGGCCGCCAGUCGGAUGACCGAGGGCAUCCUGCCUGACAUCCUAUUUAACGAACUGAAGCCCAAGUUGAUUGCCCCUGUGGUCGCCUAUUUGUGCCACGAGUCUUGCGAGGAUAAUGGCAGCUAUAUCGAAAGUGCCGCCGGUUGGGCCACCAAGGUACACACUGUUCGAGGCACGGGAGCUGUGCUACGACCAUCGCUGGAUGACCCCGUGACCAUUGAGUACGUGAAGGAUGUGUGGUCUAAGGUAACCGACAUGUCGAAUGCCAAGCACUUGGGUGCCAUUGGAGAGGCCUCCGGAACCCUACUGGAAGUUCUUGAGAAGCUAAAGGAAGGCGGUGGCGACGCCGUGGAGGACUCCUUCGAUUUUAACAGCAAAUCGCUCAUCACGUACGCCCUGGGUAUUGGAGCAUCUAUCAAGAACUCUAAGGACAUGCGUUUUCUGUACGAAAACGAUGCUGAUUUCGCCGCCAUUCCUUCAUUUUUCGUGUUGCCGGGUCUCCUGCUGCAAAUGUCCUCUGACAAGCUGAUCAGCAAGGCCCUGCCUAACACCCAGGUCAACUUCUCUAACAUUCUGCACGGCGAACAGUACCUAGAGAUCGUCGACGAUCUGCCCACCAGCGGCACUUUACUAUCCAGCGGUAAGGUCUUCGAUGUGAUGGAUAAGGGAUCCGGCGCCGUUGUCGUCACCAAUACCGAAUCUUUUGACGAGAAUGGCCGCCUUUUGGUGCGUAACCAGAGCAGCACAUUCGUGGUCGGCGCUGGCAAAUUUGGCGGCAAGAAGGAGCCCAUCGCCGGAGUUGUUCCGCUCCAGCCGACACCCAAUCGCCAGCCGGACGCCUCUAUUCAAUACAUCACGAGUGAGGACCAGGCUGCGCUUUACCGUCUCUCCGGCGACAGCAACCCCCUGCACAUCGAUCCCCAGAUGGCACUGCUUGCCGGCUUCAAGACACCCAUUCUCCAUGGACUCUGCACAUUGGGCUUCUCCGUACGCGCCGUGCUGGCACAGUAUGCGGACAACAACCCGACUCUGUUCAAGGCUGUCAAAGUGCGUUUCUCUGGACCCGUGAUUCCUGGCCAGAGUUUGCGGGUCGACAUGUGGAAGCAGGGUACACGCAUCAGCUUCCGCACUGUGGUCGUAGAGACUGGCAAGGAGGUCAUUUCGGGUGCCUACGUAGACUUAAAAAGCUCACCGGCCAAGCUGUAAGCUAAUCAACUUGACUUUGCCUUCGACGUGAUGGAUCGUCUAUGUCUUUAGAUUUCGCAUUGCGUCCGUUUACUAUCUAACAUGUAACAAAUAUGCAUAUGCAUAUGCUAUUUUUAACGCCCGUGGUGGUAGAAGUAUUUUUUUAUACAACACUGUUUCAAUAUUUCCAAUAAAAUAAAACAAUAAUGGACUCAUAA